GGAGCGAUGUGAGGGAGCGCAGCUCGGUAUGGCGGGCGUGCGGCUGGCGCCGUGUGACGGGGGCUGCCCCGUAGCCCUGCCGCCCGGGGAGACGCUGCUGGGACGCGGCCCUUUGCUGGGAAUUACUGAUAAGCGAGUAUCCCGAAAACACGCCAUAUUGGAGGUGGUGGGUGGCCAGGUCCGAAUCAAACCGAUCCAUGUAGACUCAUGCUUUUAUCAGUCUCCUGAGAAUGGCCGUCUGCUACCAUUGGAAGCACAUGAAUGGCACUCGUUGAAAUUUGGUGAUAGCUUUUCCCUGAUGGUUGACAAAUACAUCUUCAAGGUCCUUUCUGCUCAACCUGUGGAGAGCACAGAGAGGAAUAAUCAAAAGGCUGAUGCAGAAGCAGCAGUAAGUGUUCACCCAGCUGAGAUAUCUUGUAGCCCAUCAUUACCUGAGCCAGCAUGUUCCACCUCUGAGAUGCAAGAUAGCUCAGAAAUAAGACAAAAUGAGUCCAUUUCCACACAUCUGGUUCCUUUUUGUGAUGAUGAUGAAAGUGAACAGUCAAAAUCUAUUCAAAGGAGAAGGGUGCUUCCAUCAUGGAUGCUUGAAAAAGACCUCCUGGUUCCAAAGAUUUCUGAGCCUAUAAUGAAAGGAGGUAAUAGAAACAAAAAAAGCCAAGGAAGAGGAAAAAGGCAUAUGGAAUCCUUAAAAUCAGAAGUAAGUAUUCUGCAGAGAAAAAGAUCAGCUUCUGAAGAAAUUGAAGAGGAUUUUGAAGAUGAAGAGCAAGAUGAGGAGGAAGGGAGAUGUCUGUCCACCUCUUCAUUACAGAAUGCAUCUGGAUUUCCUCUUGAAAGUACCGUGGGAAACAUGGAAAGAAAUGGCAAGACUGAAACAAAAAAACCUGGAAGUUCUAUGGAAAAAAGUGAUAGGCAGCUGCAGAGUAAACGAUCUAAACCAUCAGGUCAUAUCUCCAGUAAGACAAAUAGACUUGAGGAAUCAGAAAACAAAGGACAGCUUACUUGUUCUACAAGCCAACAAGCUCCCUUGGGCAGGACUUCACCUAUUGGUGCCCAGGAAAGUGCUCAUGAGCCCAGUGCAGAUGUGGAUUAUGACGCUGAGAUUUCUUAUACAACCAAAGUUGCUGAGGCUUCAGAAGGCUCCAAACAGAGGAAGCAUAAGAGGACACCUUGCAUGUAUGGAGCAGGCUGUUACAGGAAGAAUCCCGUUCACUUUCAGCAGUUCAGUCACCCUAACGAUGAUGAUUAUUAUGAAACAGGUAGUGUAACUCAAGAUGACAAUGAUAACCGCCCUGAAUGUCCAUAUGGAACUGCUUGCUAUAGGAAGAAUCCACAGCACAAACUUGAAUACAAGCAUACUGUACCUCCAGUCACUGAAAGACGAACCCGACAACGAACUUCCAAGAAUGGAAAAAGAGGUUUAGAGGAAGACAGUGAUAAUGAUGGUGAACCAAAUGAAUACGAUCUCAAUGACAGCUUCAUAGAUGAUGAGGAGGAGGAGUGUGAACCUACUGAUGAAGAUUCUGACUGGGAACCAAGUUCAGAAGAAAAGGAUAAUGAAGAUGUCGAAACACUUGUGAAAGAAGCACAGAGAUUUGUUAAGACCAAAAAGUAGCUGCACUGAAUAACAUUAAGAAUGUCCAAUCCAGUUGUGUUAAAAUUUGGGUGUGAAAGAAGAGAAGUUGCUUCGAAAACUACUUUUUCCUCAGUGAUAUAGGAACUAUGGGGACAGUUUAAUGGUGGUGAGGGGAUUCUGCACUACCUUUCUUUUUGUGUGAAUUUCACACUUGUUUUUUCAUAAGUGGUGGAGUUAAACGAUUGAGCUCUGGGAUUCUACUGUGUGUCAGCUGAAGUAGGACUUUAAAACAUAACUUUCUCAGCGAUAUCUUCUCCAACAUCAUUAGUCUGGUGGUAUGAAAUACAGCUUUAAAGGUUUAUAAUGCUUUAUCUCUCUGUCUAAAUAUUGACAUUAGAAAAGCCUUUAGAUUUGCUGAAGCACAAUAUAUACUGUGUUAAAUAAAGAGGAACUAGACUUCAUACCUGCCAAAUCACAGGCUGAUUCUCGGCCAUCACUGAGGAAAUCUGUCUAAACCGUUUUACUUGUUCUUUUCAGUUAUUGAAACCUUACAUUUCAUUAAUCAGCUACUAGCUUUCCUUUUAGGUUUCACUUCUUUGAUUGUCUUGAUGUACAGCAGUUAAAUACCAGUUGUCUGCAUAACUUCAGAAUAUCUAAGUGUACUGAAUCUUAGAUGAUGCCCCUACACAAAUUAUGGUGUAUCUGCUUUAAUUACAGUACCUGUUCAAAUACAUGUGCAUCCCUGGAGCUGUGUGUGGUUCACAAAAAAGCUGAAAUAAACUGACUAUUUUUGCACAGUUAAACUUAUAAUAUGCUAUGAGGAAAAAAAAAAACCCGAAACUUAUAGCUGUGUCUCUGUUCUUUGUUGGAAGAUCCUGCCUUCAGUGUGUUCACUGCUUUCCUGAGCUUAAGUUAAAAGAUCUGAAUGUGUGUCUGGGCAGAUGAUGGAACCCAUGUUAAUUUAGGAGGUUGUUUGUUUUCUAAUAUAUAAUACAGAAAUUCAGCAGGGGUACCA